CCUUGAUGUGCCACGAUGUCAGCAGGCGAGUUUGCAAAGACACAUCAGCGCGUCGAGGGGGACCCCUUCACGUUUGUUGAUCUGAGGCGCAUCCAGAAGGUGAGCUCGAGGUGGAAAGGGGAAACACACAUGCAUUCCGCAUGCCUACGCCUGUUCCUGUGUGUGCAGCACGCGAACGCUGCCCGUCAGCCUGAUGGAGUGCCGCCCAGUCAGCCGUCCGUUCAGCAGAUGGGGCCCAGCACAUCUGCCUCUGUUCGCCAUGACGGCUCGUUUUUCUACGAUAGCUACUCAGGGCAGCAGCUGAGGUACAGCAAAAUGACGCACGCCUUUGCACUGGUAUUCUUGAUGAUUGUGUCUGUUUGUUCGAAUGUCUGUCUGUCUGUCUGUCAAGGCAUCCAUUGGGUUGUGAGAGGGAUGGCGACUUGUAUGUGUGGGAGAGGUCGUGGGAGUCACUCGGCGACCUAUUCGACAACUUCCGCCUGCCUGACCCUUCACAAGACAGUGCAGAGUUCAACGCACCGGUAGGGACGGAUUCAUGGCGUCUCUCCAUCCGUGUGUGUUCUGUGUGUCAGCGGCUGCCUCCCAUGUCGCACACAGUGGCCAUGGACGCCUACAGAGAGCUCGACUGGCGGGAUUACCUCGAUGCGGAGAUGCACACGUGGGCAAAGGACACACGGGAGACAGCGGAUAGGUGGAAAGUGUGUGUAUCUGUGUAUCUGUGUGAUUUACAUGGAAAGUCCUGGUAGCACGUACUCGACGCAGUCGACAACCGUGACGCUCACCAAGGGGGUAACUUCUGACAGAGUUGUUUCGGCAUGGAGUGAGUGUGGAUCUCUCUCUCUCUCUCUGUGUGUCUCUCUCUCUCUCUGUGUGUGUGUCUGUGUGUCUGUGUGUGUGUGUGUCUGUGUGUGUGUGUGUGUGUGUAGGCGCCUGACAGUGAAGUAUUUGAGCCUCUUAGCAAGGCUCUGAGGGAGAACGCUGACUAUAUGCGCUACGUGUGGAGAACGGGAUGCCUCAUGUAGACGUAGAUUUGACGUGUAGAUCAUGAUUAUCUGUGGUGCACAGAGGUAGGGCCAGCCGCGUGUAGAG